AUGAAGCCGUUCCACAUCUUCCUUCUCAUUCUGUGCUUCCCGGCCCUGAUAAGGGCCGGGACCUGGCAGAACAACGUAUCCCCGUCUAGAUCCAAGUUUGACAAGCACGUCGGAUCCGGUGCUAAGAAGUGCCAUGCCCGCAUGGUCAAACGUGGAGGCCCCCUUCUCUUCCCCCAGCCGAUCGAGCUCAACCUCGAUCAAGAGGCUCUCUUCCGCAGCCUCAUCGAGCACGUCUACUGGAUCAUGUACCUGAUUUCAGAAGACAGUGUCCAUCAUAGAGACGGUAUGAAGGCAACCAUUGAGGAUUGGAAAACGCUAAAACGGUGCAUCCCACACUACCGAUACAUCCUCCAGGAAGACAUGACGCACGCUUUCCUAGGUCUGAAGGAGGUUGCCAAGGUUCUGGCUAGAGUCGCUCCCGCAAUUCCUGGGGAGACUACUAUGCUUCUAUCGGAUGACUUGGCCAUGACAACGCUGAAGCUCGUCGGUUUCCUCAGCGAAAUGUACGCCGACAUUGGCAUGCCACAGUGGCUUCUCGAACAGCCCAGCGCUUCCAUGAGUGCCCUUCUCAGCUACCUCGCCUGCGAUAUCACCAAGCCCAGCGGUUGCGUCGACAUGCCCGACUUCCAGAGGAUAUACACCAACGUCAAGUACCAAAGCCCGGAACCUCCCCUGGUCGAAUACCGCGAGGACGAUGACCCGCAACCGUGA